AUGCCAAAUCUGGAAUAUCCGGGGUUCACUGGUCUUUCUGACCAGGUUCUCUUCCGGGCUGCAAGCACAACUGAGCCCGCCGAUAAAACAAAACAGCAACCUCGAACAGUCAUAAUCUAUGGCUGGGGAGAUGGUCAAGCCAAACAUGUAGCCAAAUACGCCGAUGGCUUCCAGCAAUUGUUUCCCAGCGCAAACCAGAUUAUGGUUUUGUCGCCAAUUUCUCGCGCCAUGUGGCAGAGCCGAGAGCAACGGGCCAAAAAUAUGGCACAUGUCGUUAGAGCAGCUUUCCCCAAUGAAGAUGUCGGCACUCACGAUGAGGGGUCUGUGUUGAUACAUAUGCUGUCAAACACUGGUGCUAUUUUCUACACGUCAACUCUACAUGCCUAUCGAGAAGCAUACAAUAGACCAUUGCCGCACCGGCUCGUUGUGCUCGACUCGACGCCAGGGACUACGGAAAUUUCGCUCCGGACAUUACCCCGUCUGUCGCAUGCGAUGACAUUGGGGACGGCAGCAUGGUUUCCAUGGCCAUUUCUGGUAACUCAGUGCCUGUGGGCCACCUUUCUCGCUGCAAACCAUCUCGUGGAAAGAAUAACGGGGAGGGAUAGCGCUCCUCUCACUGCCUUAAAGACAUUCCAAGAUCCGGAAAUGGAAGAAAAAAGUGCUAAAAGGCUAUACUUGUUUAGCAAGGAUGACCAGAUUAUUCUUUGGUCAGACAUUGAGGAGCAUAUUGCAAUGUCUCGAGAACAAGGCUGGCAAGCAGACGGCGUGAUCUACGAAGGAAGCGGGCAUGUUAGACACAUGCAAAUGCAUCCUGAGAAAUAUUGGAAGAAUAUACAACUUGCUUGGAUUGAAGGCAUGGCGCAAAAACGUGAACCGUGA